CUAUCGAUUUUAAAACUGUCAUUCUCAAUUCAACUCUCCAUCUGCAAAAAUAAACAUCUGUCCCUUUUGUGUAUUGUUUUCUAAAUUAAAAACAUAUUUUAAUCAAAUUAGCAAAAACGUACUGAAAUAUAAGGAAGGAAUUUGUAGCAGUGAAAUAAUUGAUAUAAUAAUCAAAACGUAAUAUGCAUGCCGGGGAUGCAAUAGUCGGUGCAAGAAACCGUAACAGUACAAUUGAUGUAUCUGAGGACUGGCUCCGUUGGUGUCGCCUCUGUGGAAAGGAUGAUGUACAAAAUAUAAAUAUUUUUUUCAAAGACGAGCACAUGGUUACCUCUGAAGGAAAUACUGAGCAAAAGGAGUUUAGACUUGCAAUUGCGAUAGGGAAAUACUUUUGCGUACAGAUUAAACAGGAUGAAAUACUCCCCAAACGAUUAUGUGCACAAUGUUUUUCUUUGGUGACAUCUUUGGUUAACUUCAAUGAACGUGUGGCUAAAAUUCAGCAAAUGUAUGCUGCACUGCACAGUUUUAGUGACUUUACACAUGUAGAUUUCCAAUCUUUGAGACUAAGAUAUGGUGCGCUUAAUAAUGAUCGGCCACAUGAAAUCAAUUACCAUCCUUUGGCGGAAACACAUUUUUUUGAGGCAAAAGCAAAAACCAAUGAUUAUGAAGAGAAGAGUUUCAUUGAAGAAGCAGAAAUGGAAAUUGCUUCUCAAGAAUCUAGCACUGGAAUAGAAAUAAAGAAGGAAAGUUCAACUGACAAUACGCCGGCAACAGAUGAAGAUAUUAUAUAUAAUAUAUUUGAGUUUGAAAAUGAAGAUGCAGAGGGUGAAGAUCCUUUCGGCAGCGGCACUGAAGUUAGUAAUGAUAAAACGAUAGAUGCAGUUGGUAAUGAUAAAGUAAAGAUAUAUACCUGCAGCGAAUGUUCUCAGUCAUUCAAGAGAAUUUCGUACUUUCGUUCGCAUAUGAAGCACAAACAUGCCAAAGUUGCUGCUGAGAAACAAUUUGUUUGCUGUGAAUGCCACUUUUCUUUUAAUACGCGAGCGCAGCUGAACCAUCACGCGGCCAAGCAUUUGCGUUCUUUUAUUUGCGAAGAAUGUGGAGAAGCUGUGCGCUCAAAGGGACAACUUAAACAACAUAUGCUCACGCACACCGAUUAUGCACCGUUUGAAUGCGAAGUGUGUACAAAACGCUUUAAAAAUCAAGUACGUCUGAAGAAUCAUAUGGAAACUCAUAAUUCGAAUAAGCUUAUUUGCGACGAAUGUGGCUUACAAUUGAAUUCGCGAGCCACCCUAAAUCGUCAUUUAUUGGUGCAUUCAGAUGUGAUGCAACACAAAUGUGAUUAUUGCGGGCGAGCUUUUAAGCGUGCAAAGGCUCUAAAAAAUCAUCUAAUUCUGCAUACAGGCUUAAAACCAUAUUCAUGUGAUUUUUGUGAUAGAACAUUCGCUAAUGGUUCGAAUUGCCGCACACAUAAGAGAAAAUCACAUCCUGAGGAAUUAGCUGCAUUGGAAGCUUCAGGCGAAAAGACUUAUACAAAAAACAUACCCAAAUUGGCGGUAUUAAAGUCAGUUACUCGGGCAGCAGAAAACCUGGCACCUGUGGUCUCCAAGCAGAGCGGAAAUUUCGCUUUCGGCAAAAAACCCAAACUUCCGCCUGACAGUAUUGGUACUGUUAGCAGGAAACAAGCAAAAACAUCUAAACAAUCUGCAGUUUCAAUAACAGCCACAAAUGAGAUGUUCGAGAAAUAUAACAACGUGACAAGUCAUUCUAUACAUUCUGUGGCACAAUCAAAAAGUCAGCAUAGCAAUGAAGACAAUAAUACAGCCGUCAGACACAUACCUACUAUCGAUAAUAUAUAUAGUCAGUUAAUGAAACAAACCACUCCCAAUAGCGGUUGUACUGUUGUUCCCGCCACCAUAACAAAUCCUAGCCAUUUGGACACUAAAUCUCCGUCUAACGAAGAAUCUGUUGAUAUUGACAUUACAAAUGCCAUCGCCCAACAUCAACUUUCUCAACAUAUGCUUUUACCAUCACAACAAUCAGCAAUACCCAGUGCUGUCCAAAGUUUUUGCACGCAACUAAUGAAACAGCAUAAAACAACAAUAGAACAACAACAGCUGCUCGAAUUGCAUCAACAGCAUGAUGAAAUUUCUGUACAUAGUCCAGAGAGUCAUGGGUCUCAUCACGCAGAAGAGCAUCCAGCUGCUUCAGCAACUGCAACUAAAGUAAAUCAAUUUUAUAACCAAAUGAGCCAACAUACGCCAGAUACAUAUUUGUAGAUGCAAAUUCUCAAAUUUGUUAGGAUACGCCAUCGAAGAAUGAAUACGUGUACCGUUAGAUUGUAUAGAUAUAUAUAUGUAUAUUUAGAUACUUAUGUAUGUACAAAUGCAGAUGAGUGCUAUUGGGUAUCUGCAAUGUAACGUUAGCAUAAGUACGAGUAUGUAUCUUCGUUUAUUUUUAUCUUUUUUUUUUAACUUGUUACAUUUGUUUAGUACCAAAAAGAAAAGUUUGAACACAAGUUCGCGAUUAUUCCCAUCAAAGGCUCACCAUUAAUCCAGUGGAUGCAGUGAAUGACAAACAAGAAGUGUACCGAACAAAACUUUAUGAAGGCAGUUAAUUGCUCAAGCUUUCUAGAGUGGUAUUUGCGUAAAUACUAUUUCAUGAGUAUUCAAAUACCUAAUAGGUUUAUAACUUAUGCAUUUAAAAUAAAGAUUAUAUGAAAAUGUAAAAGUA